UCGCAACUCAAGGAGCAGACAGUGUUAAUCAGUAGAGCACAUACGGGCGGUUUCACUCUCUACUCAGCAAUUGAUGUGCAACUGUGUGAGUUUUAUUUCUUAGAGGACCCUCAGGCAUAAAGCAGAAACCAGUUCUACAUCCAAGAAAGAACAACCGACACAGACAUGGAGGAUAAGAACUGCUCUUCUGUGGAGUAUUCGGUGCAGCGGCAAGUUUUGGAUGAGUUAUGUCUGGAUGAGGUGGCACAAAAAGGGUCGUGGUCCGCAAAGCCAACCUUCAGUGAACGUCUCAAAGGCUCCAUGAGGUGCUCAGUGCCUCGUGCCAAGGAAAUCUUGUUGAGCUGGGUCCCUGUUUUUGGCUGGCUUCCAAAAUACUCCAUAAGAGAGAACGCAAUCGGGGACCUGAUCUCUGGCUGCAGUGUGGGCAUCAUGCAUCUUCCACAGGGUAUGGCAUAUGCUCUUCUGGCUUCGUUAAGCCCCGUGAUCGGCCUGUACACUUCACUCUACCCAGUGCUGGUCUACUUCAUCUUUGGCACCUCCAGACACAUUUCCAUUGGUACUUUUGCUGUGAUCAGCAUCAUGAUUGGGAGUGUGACAGAGAGGCUCGCUCCAGACAGUAACUUUCUUGUUAAUGCUACUAAUGGGACAGGAAGUGUCAAUACCAAUGAACAGGGUGCUUACAGAGUACAGAUAGCCUGUUCGCUCACAGUCCUGGCGGGGUUGUUUCAGAUCCUGUUGGGUGUGGUGAGGUUUGGUUUCGUGGUCACCUACUUGUCUGAGCCACUGGUCCGAGGAUACACCACAGGAUCAGCGUGCCAUGUGUUUGGCUCCCAGCUCAAAUAUUUGUUUGGGCUCUCUCCAGCUCGCACCUCCGGUCCUCUCUCACUCAUUUACACUCUGGUAAACAUAUGUUCCUUGCUACCUCAGACGGUCGUACCAGAGCUCGUGGUGAGUGUGGUGGCGCUCACUGUUCUCAUUGUGGUCAAGGAACUCAAUCAAUGCUAUAGGCAGAGGUUGCCCUUGCCUAUUCCCAUUGAACUCAUUGUGAUCAUAGCAGCAACAAUCAUCACUCAUUUUUGUGACCUCUCUGCAAAAUACAACGUUGAUGUUGUUGGCGAAAUCCCCAGUGGGCUUAAGGCCCCCCAAGCUCCAGACGUGUCGCUGUUCCCUGCGGUGAUUGGUGAUGCUUUUGCUGUUGCCAUUGUAGGCUAUGCCAUCAACAUUUCUCUUGGAAAAACAUUUGCACUCAAGCAUGGCUACAAGGUGGAUAGCAACCAGGAGCUGGUUGCUCUCGGACUGAGCAACACCAUCGGCGGCUGUUUUCAAUGUUAUUCCGUAACUUCUUCCUUGUCGCGAAGCCUCGUUCAGGAGAGCACCGGGGGAAAGACACAAGUCGCGGGACUGAUUUCUUCCAUUAUCGUUUUGAUUACGGUCUUAAAAAUAGGAGCUCUCUUUGAAACUCUCCCAAAGGCUGUCUUAUCCACAAUAGUAAUUGUGAACUUGAAAGGAAUGUUUAAGCAGUUAACUGAUGUGCCGAUGCUGUGGAAGACCAACAAGGUUGAUUUGCUCGUGUGGCUGGUAACGUUCACAUGCACCAUUCUACUCAACUUGGACCUGGGUUUGGCCGUCUCCAUUGGCUUUUCUCUGCUGACGGUUAUCUUCAGAACCCAACUGCCACGCUAUUCAAUCUUGGGCCAAGUGCCAGCCACCAACUUAUAUCUGGACGUUGACACAUACAAAGAGGCUAAAGAGAUUCCUGGAAUCAAAAUCUUCCGUUCUUCCGCAACUAUUUACUACACCAAUGCUGAGAUGUACUUGGAGGCCUUACAAGAGAAGAGUGGCAUUCAAAUCGGGAAGCUGCUGGCAGAAAAGAAAAAACAAGAUGCAACACGGAAGCAGCAGAAGGAAAAGACAGACAAAAAUGAACCAACCCCACAAAGGGUCAGCAAUCUUCUGCCUAAUGGCACAUUCUCCUUGGAAGAGAAACAAAUCUCUGCAGAACUGGGAGGACAGAAUUUCAAACGUGGUGUUGCCCUGAAGCUGACUGAAUCUCCAGCUAAUGGCUUCAGUCAAGGCCAAGUGAACUGGGCUUACCAAUCCGACACAAUGUCUGACUCCGACAUGGGAUCCCAGCAUGAUGACAGUAUCAUGCAGGCUUCAAAAGACAGCCAUGACAAAAAGGAACCCACUGAUUCAUCCGGUCCUCACAGCAUCAUCUUGGACCUCUCAGCAACCAGCUUCGUGGACACUGUCGCCGUGAAGACCUUGAAAAAUAUUUGCAGGGACCUAGGAGAUAUUGGUGUGGGAGUCUAUCUCACUGGAUGCCAAGCCUGCGUGGUGGAGCAGCUGGAAAGAGCAGGUUUCUUCUCAGAGUCCAUCCCAAAGAACAGACUGUUUGUCACAAUCCAUGAUGCUGUGCUCCACAUUCUUAACAAAGUGGGACAGACAGACGUCAUCCUUGAUGUUGCCUACAACACCAAAAUGUGACCAGCAGGGGCCAGCCUGUUCCAACUCGCCAUUCCUCCAUUCCCAUUUGCUUUUGAACUGAAGGCGUGCAGUUGCUCACUAUUGGUACACAUUCUCGUCUCCUCCCCCCAUAUGGGGAGAAAAGUCCGCCACCUCAACAUGGCGGCGCAAUUGCCAUGGAAAUACAGGGAGCCGUUGCUGACAAUGAGCGUUUUGUUUUAUUGUCUAAUGAGAUGAAGCAGCUUCUGUGACAGAA